GUUCUACUGCGAAAGACGAGUAAAGCGACGAUGGAAUGAGGAGCUCAUUGUUAAGUUUGGAAACGAGAAUCUGGAAUCGGCGAAAUCGGGAUUGCAGAAUGGCUGCGAAUGGAAGUAGAAAAUUUGCUUCAAUGUUAUUCUACUUGUUACUAUCAUUGCCAUCGAUUUCUCUUGCUUACAGGCCUGGAGACAUCGUUCCCAUGAGUAAGAUGGGUCAAUACCACUCGUCGAGAACUCUGUGGCAAGACGUGAUCGGUAAACAUUGCCCUAUAUUUGCUGUUAAUCGCGAGGUGUUGAUUCCUAUACCAAAACCAACAGGUUACACGGGCGCUGAUCCCUACAAAAUAUCAUUUCAAGUUGGAAGAGAAAAGUUUCUAAUUCCGUGGUUGUUUGUGAUAAAUCGCAAAAGUUCUGAGGUUCCGAUGAUUGAUGUGCAUUUGAGAUACUCAGGAAGCGAUCUACACGGGGUCACUGCAAAAGUUGUAGACAUGCCUCACCACUAUAUUGAAAUCCAUCCAAAUAUUCGCAAGCAAUUCUGGGACCCUCAACAUUGGCCUAAGCAUGUUCUUGUAAGAUACACCUGGGAGGAACAAUCAGAUAUUGAUGUUACUUCUGGAUUCUAUGUGUUAUUUGGGUCAGGGUUGAUGCUGUCCUUCAUUCUCUCAAUCUAUAUCUUGCAGUCAUCAAGAGAAAAAUUAGCAAGGUUUGUAAGGGAGACCGUUGCAGAAAGCAACAUUCCUGCUGGAGGAGUCGCUAAAGUUGAAUAAGGAAUUUUCAAAAGUUUCAAUGCAUUGCAUGUGCAAAUACAGGUUUUUUACUUGCAAGGAUUUAUUCACUCAAUCAGUUCCUCCUGAAAUCUGAAUAUUUAUGCGGAGAGCUUUAAAUCCUCUGGACUUCAAGGAAACUUACAAGUUGAUGAAAUUGACACAUUAGGCUAUUAGCGGGGUAGCUUGGUUAUCAUAGUAUAUGUUAAAUAGGUGAAUGCAUAUUGUGCCCAUGAAAUUGUUUAAAUGCACCCGGAAUUUGAUUGGUAUCAAGUAAGUUUUGCACUCUCAUAGAAUGAUUGUGUUCUCAUGCACAAAAAACUUGCUGUAGUUUUCGCUGGCUUAAAGUUUGCUGAAGCAUCUUAGGCUUCAAUAAUAUAUUUCUCCCUCUUAGCUGA